CUUUUGGCCACAGACGCGGACAACGGCGACAAUGGCCGUGUUAGCUACCGUAUUCUAUCUGGAGAUGACUACGGUAUCUUCUCUGUGGGACCCGAAAGCGGUGCGCUGAUGUUUAAUCAGUGGGACGAUGAGCAGCUGAGCAGACAUGUCGAUGGUCGAUGGACUGUGUAUGUUGAAGCGAAGGAUCACGGGACCAGUCCAAGGACCACCCUGCUUGCGGUGAAAGUCUCCAUCAUAUUGCAAUCUUGGUCCGGGUCCGCGCCAUUCUUCGUCCUCCCUUCGUACGUGGUCCUUGUUCCGGAGACUGCCGCCCAGAAAACCACGUCUUCACCGCUCGCGCGACAAAUCGCUUUGGAAUUCCUA